CUCGUAAGACAAGAUUGUAAGCAUGUGCUUCCGUCGUCUGCCUGCAGUGUAAGCUGCUAGCGAAGGAACAGAAAGAUCAUGUAAGACUCGAGCAAAAAGCACGCUGUAGCUUCGCUUACACCAAACGAUGUCGAGGACAUCCCUAAAUCCACCCCCUGAGCUAUCUGUGGCUUGCACCACAAGGUGUACACCCCCCGUUCCUUUCCCCCAGCCCUACGCUUACUCCGGGUCUGCUGUAGACUCAAGGGCCCGUGUCGAACUCGACAUUGCUCUAACACGGCAUACUCGCCGUGCACCAAGAUUGAUAGGUAGGCAUAGGAUGGCGUUAACAGCGUCCUGCCAGCGGGUUAGUAUACAAGUAUGGACACGCUACUUGUUUGUUGGGCAAUUCAUUGAGAUGCUGCUCUGGCACGUGGCGCCGGGUCAUAUCCCGUACCCAGCCCCCCCAGCUCAGUCGAGGCUGUGCAUUAUCAAUAGCUUCAAAAAUGGAGCCUCACAGCUACGGGCUACCCUAGGCUCGGAUCCCCCAAAAAUAUCUACCAGGGAACAUUUGAAGGGCGCAGAGAUAAGGAAACUCACCAUGGCCAUGCAUUCUUCAUGAUCAAAACGCCAAAGCUCUUCGUAUUGCUCAAGUCGCGUGGGCAUUGAACGCAGGCCGAUCAGACGGGUUAAUGUACAUCCGCACAACGUCGUCGUCAAUGAUGGGCACAUCUGUUGUGCAUGCGCAUGUUCAUCUUUGGGAUCCCGUAGCUGCUUCUAUUCCACGCCAUACGUCUCUA